UCAGCCACCCUGGGACUGCCCUGCUGUUCUACUUAAACCACUAUCCAGCAAACCAAACGCUCCCCAUCCCCGUCCUCACGAUGGCCGAAGUGAAGGGGCCCACGAUAGCCUCGGACAAGCUGGCCCUGUCCCGUGCACUCGGCGCCGCAUUCCUCAACCAUCAAGUUGAGCAACUUGAGAAGACUGUGUCGGAUGCGGGUCCGGGAAGCGGGAACUGGCGCGAUCGCCGCACUCAGAAUACAGCAGACAAUCACAAUAAUCAUAACAGUGGCCACAGGCAUCCCGACGGCAAGCGCUUACGUCCCGGGUCGGCUAAGGCGUCGAGAAAGCCUGACAUCGAGUCCUCGAACAACAAUGUCGAUGGGAAUAUGAACAAGAGGGAUACGCGGGAGACGAAGGAUGCGGACGUGGUGGUAGUUGAUGCAAGUGUGCUCAUCCACGCCCUCGGCCAGGUCAAGAAAUGGUGCCGGGAAGGCAGAGAGGAGAUCAUAAUUGUGCCUCUGGAAGCUCUAAACACCCUCGAUCUGCUCAAGAAGGGCAUGAGUUCGCUUGCCCAGCGUGCCCGCGCCGCAUCCCGCAUCCUCGAGGCGCAAGUCGGCACGAAUCCCCGCAUCCGCGUACAGCGUGACGACGCGUUCGUCCUUUGGGACAAUGUCUUCGAGAACCAAGCACCGCCAGCCGGAUCGCCCGAGUGGGUGCGCCGUACGAUCUGCUGUGCUCGCUGGGAGGUCGAUCACGCAGCCGACAAGGAGAUUGCGGAAACGAUCAAGAAUGUGUCUGCAGAGAACAAGCCCACCGCCGAACUCGACGACACCAAGAAGCCCCAUGUGGUACUCGCAAUCCUCUCCCAGACGCUCGAAGUACAGUCGGAGGCGAUAUUCCCGCCACUCAGUCAUGCGCCAGCCUCUCCGGUUCCCCUUCCCGCCCCACAGACCAAUAGACACGAGCCUCGUUCUUCUGGUGCGCUCGUGGCCCAGUGGGCCGCAAAGGCCCGCCUCGAGGUGCUCGAAGUAUCCCCAUCUGCUGCCGGUCCCAGUAAGAGUGCCUCGCCCAGUCGCGAUGUCGCCGUCAACGGGCGGCGCUCCCCGCAGACGACUCGGCGCUCCGGCGACGAAGAGUUUGGCAAGCGUGGUCCGCGUCGGAACUCGAGGAAUGAAGGACAUCGUGGCGGUGCAACCACUGGCGGACGGCCCGCAGCUGGCACUGGGCUCGUGGAGCGCCCGCCUGCGGUGAUGGCUAUGAUGGAGGCUGUCGCUCAGCCUAGCCGUGUCGUCCGUGUCCUUGCUCGUGGAGAAAAGCUCGAUCCCGAUACCUAGCGGUCUGCCCUGACAGACCAACUUUACCCAAGACAACAGAUUCGCAUUCGAUUACGGAAUCGCACGGCCUAGAGAUAUCC